AAUUUAUUUGACGUUUGACGUGUUGUGCUUUAAUGCUGUUUACUUUUUGCGGUUUUAAGAGUGUUUUUUUAUCUAAAAUUAAAAGAAAAGUGGACAAAUGGAUCCAAUGCAGAUCAUCUUUGAUUCCGAUUCGUCAUCAUCAUCGUCGUCUGACGGUGAUGAUGAACUUGAGGCAGUUAUUUCCAACUUAUUUUUGCCAGAGUUUCUCAAGGAUGUGAGCAAAUAUAAUAAUUUCUGUGAGGAAACUGUUCCUUCCUAUACUGACAAACAGUUUGUUGAGCAUUUUAGAGUUUCAAGGCAAAUUGUUGCUACUUUAAAAAGAGAUUUUGAAGAGUCUGAGUUUUAUCCAAAGAAAGACACUGGUUUCCAGAGGAUAUACAGUGAAAAAUGUAUCCUGGCAUUUCUUUGGUUCACAAGCAAUGAGGGUGCAAUAUUUAGAGAUGUGGCAGAUAGGUUUGAUCUGUCAAUGAGUACCCUACAUGGCAUUGUCAACACCAUUGUAUACAUUUCUUAUCAAAUCUGUCUCGAAGUGUCAUUGUAUGGCCAUUGGCUCCAGAGGCUAACAACAUAGCCAGAAGUUUUGCUGAAAUGGGGUUUCCAGGAGCAAUAGGGUGCAAAGAUGGGAGCCAUAUUAAAAUUGAUACCCCCCGAGAAGAUCCUGAUUCUUAUUUGAAUAGGAAAAAGUUUCAUUCGAUUCAAAUGCAAGUUAUCUGUGAUGACAAUAGAAAAAUAAGGGUUGUGUUUAUUGGGUGCCCAGGUAGUGUCCAUCAUGCAAGAGUGUUCCGGAAUAGUCCGCUGUGCCAAAAUUUAGGACUGUGGUGUAAGGACUGGGUAAUUUUGGGAGACAGCGCCUAUCCUUGUUUGAGGAACUUAUUAACUCCUUAUAAGGAUACAGGUAGUUUGUCGCAGGUGCAAAAGAGUUUUAAUAAAAAAUUGGGUCAUGGUAGAGUGUUAACUGAGCACACAAUAGGUCUCCUAAAACAGAGGUUUAGGCAAUUGUAUCAUAUCAAAUCAAGAGAUAUUAAGUUUAUAUGCCAUUUUAUUAGGGCAUGUUGUGUGCUACAUAACCUCUGCAUCGAUAACAAUGUUGUACUUGAUGAGGCAGUAGAUGUAGGUGAUGAGGGAAAUGAAAAUCCUUUUAAUGAACAUGUACAAGAUGAUGGACAUAAUGAGGUUGGUCAAAACUACAGGAAUUAUGUGGCUUCAUUAUUAGAUAUAUAG